AUGAUGCGACGGGCCCCCGAGUGGUUUACGCGUGGACGUGCGCGGGAACGAUUUCAUCAGAUUUGGCCGUGGGCGCUGAGCUGCACCUGCGCCGCCAUGUACUUUAUUAACCGGGAGCCCUUCGAUGAGUUGGCUGCGACGGUGGUAUCGAAGGUGCGGAGGCCACUGCUGAAGACAAUGGAGUGGAUUGAGCUGCACGACGUUGACCCCGAGACGAUGGCGCUUGAGCUCCCGCCUGAUAUGAUAUUUGGUCCACUUGAAUUUCCGAAACAAAUGCGAUUUCUGCUUGCGGCGCUGCGGGCGGACAAUGAACUGGCUGACGGCUACUUGGCGCGUGUGCUGGUGGACCACAUGGAUCUCUCGCUGGAUGUUCCCAUCCUGUCGGAGUCGGAACUUCUGGCAGCCGGUGGACGAGACCUCCUCAACUUCGCCAUCGAUGAUUUUCUCGGCCAGGGGACAAGGAAGAUGCGAAAACAUGUCUUUUUUCAACCAGACGAAUUCCUGCGUCUCAUCAACUUUAUCUCCGUGUACCCAACGCUCACGGAGUACUUCGUGAAGAAGCGGAAUGGUGUGGAGCUGGUUUUUCGCGCUCUUACUCAUAGCCGUGAUGAAUACGCCCGUGUCAUGGCACUUCGAUCCAUCUGCCUGUUUUGCUUCACCCAACGCGAGGAUGGUGAUGUGGAGCGCCGCGUGUUGCAGGCCAACGGCGUCAAACCGAUUGUGGAGGCCUACAAACAAAGCACCGGAGACCCCACAGAUACCCGCUACAUCACGCUCGUGCUUUCGUCUAUCAUGCGGCAUUACCCAAAGGAGGGUGGAAAAGAGUUUCUUGACGCCGACGGUGUGCAGGCCGCCGUUAAUAAUUUGAACAUUUCUCGAUAUAAAGGACUCCCGCAGCAUAUUCGUGUGCUGCACGAUGCACAGCGGCUUCCCCCCGAGGCGUCGGGAAAACAGACGGUAAAUGCCCGUAUUGAGGACGCUGAUUUUAUUCCCGUAGCCAUAGGCGUGUUGGAUGUCUUUCCCGAGUUUUACGAAACUGCCGGCGACAUCCUGAGCCUGCUGGAAGAUAUUGUUCCGUCUCAAACAACGCCACUGAACUUGUUGGAGUAUCGCGCUAUGCCAGUUCUUUCAAAGUUCUUUGUGCGCUGGAAGGAUGACAACUUGUUCCAGACGGACGGGACACGCACGCAGGUGGUGCGGUUGUUUAAGAUGUUACUAGACGACAAGACCUGCCAAAAGUGCUACGAUCCGAGUGUCGCGUCGUACGAGCUGCAGGAAUGUCUUCGCACGGCAAAGGAGGCCAUCCGGGAGGAGGAGGAAGGUGUGGGACACGGCCUCCAGCACGCAGUGAGUUGA